GCUUUCCGCUUUGUUCUGGCACACCGAGUGAUAGUUUGGAAAGGCCAUAGCAGCAGAGACAUUGGCAAGAAUGGCAUCGGUGACAUCAGCAGCGCUCAGAAAGAGAAAGACCCUGAAGAAGGGUAUUCAGUUCACGCUCAUGGUUGUGGGCCAAUCAGGUAGUGGUAGAUCUACGUUUAUCAACUCGUUGUGUGGCCAGCAGGUUGUUGAGCCCUCGAGCACGAUCCCGUUGGCAACUGAUGACUCUGUGGAGAGAGACUUCCGGCUCAGGGAGGAGAACGUUGAGUUGGAGGACAAUGAGGGUGUCAAGAUCUCGCUCAGCAUCAUCGAUACGCCAGGGUUUGGCGAUUCGCUAGACAACUCGUCCAAUUUCAACAUUGUCACUGACUACUUGAAACAUCAGUACGAUGAGGUUCUGCUGGAGGAGUCGCGGGUGAGAAGAAACCCUCGUUUCAAGGACUCUAGGGUUCACGCGGUGAUCUACUUUAUAAACGCGACGGGCCAUGGGUUGAAGGAGAUUGACGUGGAGAUGCUGAAGAGGUUGACCGGCCUGGUCAACAUCAUACCUGUGAUCAGUAAAGCCGACGCUCUGACACGUGAGGAGUUGGCAUUGAACAAGAAACUGAUCCUUGAGGACCUGAAACACUACGGGAUCGAAUACUACUACUUCCCAUACGACUUGGAAACCGACGAUAACGAAACAGUCGACACGAACUCGUAUUUGAGAUCUUUGAUCCCGUUCUCUGUAAUUGGCUCAAACCAAGUGUUUGAAGUUGAAGGUGAACUGAUUAGAGGAAGAAAAUACCCAUGGGGUUUCAUCAACAUUGAAGACCACGAACUGUCCGAUUUCGUGAUAUUGAGGAAUCUGUUACUCAUCUCUCAUCUCCAAGAUCUCAAGGAUUAUACGCAUGAAAUAUUGUACGAAAAGUACAGAACCGAGGCCCUGAGCGGCUCUGGUGGCUCACUGCCAGAUCAUCUCACGAGCCAGUUCAACGCUGAGCCUUCAAUCAAGUCCCCACUGGUCAAACAAGACCCUGAUGCGUCUUUGCAGUCUCCAUCACUGAACAACGAUACAUACCUGGCCCGUGAAGAACAAAUCAGACUAGAAGAAGAAAGAUUGAAGGCGUUCGAAGAACGUGUUCAAAAGGACUUGCUACAGAAGAAGAAGGAACUGAUGGAGAGAGAACGGGAACUGAGGGAAAUCGAAGAGAGGCUAGAAAGAGAGGCUCGUAUUAAGAGUGAGGAUUGA